AUUUUAAGAUGCCACUGUCACGGUCUUUGUCGAUGACAUCUUUAAGUGGCAUACUGCCAGCUUGGGAGGAAGAUGAGUUGCCCGUGGAAGACCUGCUGCUCUUCGAGGUAGCCUGGGAAGUCACCAAUAAAGUCGGUGGAAUCUACACUGUGAUCCAGACCAAGGCCAAGAUCACUGUGGACGAGUGGGGGGAGAACUACUUCAUGCUGGGGCCGUACUUCGAACACAACUUUAAGACACAGGUGGAGGCCUGCGAGCCGCCUUUUCCUGCGAUCAGGAAGGCCAUGGAUGCUCUGAUCCAAAAUGGCUGCCAGGUUUAUUUUGGUCGCUGGUUAAUUGAGGGUAGUCCCUACGUGAUCCUUUUUGACAUCGGUUCUGCCGCUUGGAACCUGGACCGCUGGAAGGAAGACCUGUGGCAGACCUGCAACAUUGGCCUGCCGUACCAAGACCGGGAAGCAAAUGACUCCCUCAUCAUAGGAUCUCUCAUAGCCUGGUUCUUCAAAGAGUUAACAGACCAGCUUGGAGACAAGCCCAAUGUCAUUGCUCAUUUCCACGAGUGGCAGGCAGGUCCAGGGCUCAUUCUCUGUCGCUCUCGGAAGAUACCCAUGGCGACCGUCUUCACUACUCACGCAACUCUUCUGGGACGAUACCUCUGCGCAGGGAACGUUGACUUUUACAACAACUUAGAUAAGUUCAACAUCGACAAGGAGGCCGGUGAACGUCAGAUCUACCACCGCUACUGCUUGGAGAGAGCUGCUGUUCAUUGUUCUCAUGUCUUCACAACAGUCUCGCAGAUCACUGCGGUGGAGGCCAAUCACAUUCUACACAGGAAGCCAGAUCUGGUGACUCCUAACGGGCUGAAUGUAAAAAAGUUCUCAGCCAUGCAUGAGUUUCAAAACCUGCACUCCAUCAACAAGGCUCGUAUUCAGGAGUUUGUCAGAGGACACUUCUAUGGACAUCUGGACUUCAACCUUGAUAAAACACUAUUCUUCUUCAUAGCUGGGCGCUAUGAGUUCUCCAACAAGGGAGCAGAUCUUUUCCUUGAGUCACUAUCCAGGCUUAACUACCUGCUCAGGGUCCACAGAAAUGAUGUGACAGUGGUAGUUUUCUUCAUUAUGCCAGCUAAAACCAACAAUUUCAAUGUGGAGUCCUUAAAGGGGCAAGCUAUACGCAAACAGCUCUGGGAUACUGCUCACACUGUGAAAGAGAAGUUUGGGAAACGGCUGUAUGAUGCACUGUUAACCGGCAAGAUCCCUGAUAUGGACUCCAUUCUGGACCGAGAUGACUUCACCAUUAUGAAGCGGGCCAUCUAUGCCACUCAGAGACACAGCCUCCCUCCAGUGACAACCCACAACAUGCUUGAUGACUCAACGGAUCCCAUUCUCGCGAACAUCCGACGGAUCGGCCUCUUCAAUUCCAGAAAUGACCGUGUUAAGGUAAUCUUCCAUCCUGAAUUCCUAUCCUCUACAAGUCCUCUGCUGCCAAUGGACUAUGAGGACUUUGUCCGUGGCUGCAACCUUGGAGUAUUCCCCUCCUACUAUGAGCCAUGGGGAUACACACCAGGUGAAUGCACUGUAAUGGGCAUUCCCAGUGUGACGACUAAUCUUUCUGGUUUUGGGUGCUUCAUGGAGGAACAUGUAUCAGACCCUGCUGCCUAUGGUAUUUACAUCGUGGACCGGCGGUUCCGUUCUGCCGACGAGUCCUGUAACCAGCUGACUCAGUUCAUGUUCAAUUUCUGCCAACAGUCACGGCGUCAGCGCAUCAUCCAGCGCAACAGAGCAGAGAGGUUGUCCGACCUGUUGGACUGGAGAUACCUAGGACGGUUCUACAUUCAUGCACGCCUCCUUGCACUCAGCAGAGCGUUCCCUGACAAGUUUAAAGUGGACCCCAUGGCGCCUCUGAAGACGGAGAGUUUCCGCUAUCCCCGGCCAUACUCAGUGCCCCCCUCUCCCUCGGUCUCUGUCCACUCCACACCACACCACAGUGAUGUGGAGGAGGAGGAUGAUGAUGAUGAACCAUACGAUGAAGACGAGGAGGCCGAAAAGGACCGACUGAACAUAAAGGCUCCCUUCAUCCUAGGUGCUGCGACAAAAGGCAAAAAGAAACAACCAGGAGAAUCAGGAAACUGA